AUGCCCUUCCACGCAACGAAUAACAGAGAAGACAAGGUCACCACCUCAGGCAACAUCACGACAUCACUGCUGGAGCAACAGCCCCAGCUUAAUAGACUUCUUAAAGACUGGCACAGACUGUAUAUUGUGGUAAGACCGCAAGCAUUUACAAAGACCUUUGGAGGUAGCGUGGGUCUGGCGAUCUCCCAAUCCCUAAACUUAACAGGAAUGUUCCAAUGGGGAAUGAAACAAUGGAGCGAACUUGAGAACACUAUGACUUGUGUGGAAAGAAUAAAGGAAUAUGCUGACGUAGUUCCGGAACGCGGAAAAAGACGAGACCCUGCAAAAUCGUGGCCUGAGAGAGACAUUACAUUCGAACACUUGAAUUUAAGAUACGUAGCCGGUGAAGCGCCGGUUCUCAAAGAUUUAACAUUUCGUAUCCAGAGUUCAGAGAAAGUUGGUAUUGUGGGGCGAACCGCAGGAAAGUCGUCUAUUAUUAUGGCUCUGUUCAGAUUAGCUAUUAACGAAGGAAAAAUAGUUAUAGACGAUAUAGAUACGGCUACUAUUUCUCUUAAUCGUCUGAGAUCGGCUAUUUCUAUUAUACCUCAAGAACCGGUGUUGUUUUCGGGAACACUAAGGAAAAACUUAGAUCCAUUUGACGAAUACACUGAUGAAUCGAUUUGGAGUGCUUUAGAGGAAGUCGAACUAAAAACAGUCGUUAACGACUUACCUCAAGGGUUAGAAAGUAAGAUGUGUGAAGGCGGAAGCAACUUCAGUGUUGGCCAGAGGCAACUAGUAUGUCUGGCCCGUGCAAUAGUCCGAAAAAACAAAAUCCUAGUUCUCGACGAAGCAACAGCAAACGUAGAUCCUUACACCGACGCGUUGAUUCAAACGACAAUUAGAAGAAAGUUCUCCAGUUGUACCGUGCUAACUAUCGCUCAUAGAUUGCACACUAUAAUAGACUCAGUCAAGGUGCUCGUCAUAGAUGCCGGAAGAAUGGUUGAAUUUGGACAUCCUCAUGAAUUGUUACAAAAUACAGAAAAUGGAGUUUUCUACGAAUUAGUACAACAAACUGGUCGAACUAUGGCAGAAAAUCUAAUAGGCAUUGCUGAAGAGAGUUACAAUAAUUCUAUAAGUAAUCAACACUAACGUUUGUAUCGAAGAAAAUUGGAAACACGAAAAGUUUAAUCGAAACAAAAGUGUACCCCCCCCCUCGUAAACACUUCAAUUCAAUUAUUAUAUCUACAGGGUGUCCCACUUAAGAUGGAUACAAGCCAAUAUCUUGGUUGUUUGUUGAGCGAUCUUUUUCAUUUUUGGCGGGAGGCUGUAUGGCUAUAAGCAGGGGCGGCUUGCCCUAUGAGGCAGAUGAGGCAGUGCCUCACCAAUACAUUUGAAAAAUUACACUUAUUAAUCGAUACAUCUUUAAUCACAAUUUUAUAUUUUUUUCCCUAUUUGCAUUAAUAAUAAUUGUAUUUUUUAACCGUCAUUCUAGAAUAAAUUACGUCGAUGGUAUUCCUUUAAACGCGCUUCCUAUCCCAUAUGCGACAAACUCGACGAUGUAUAUCCAUCUCAUUUGUUCUUUAAGAGGUAUAUGUGCAGAGGUUUGCCUCUCGCCUUUCCUUGUCUAGCGUAUUGUGGUAU